AUGGGCCAUUUUAUUCACAAAUAUGGCGUUAAUCGCACGAUAUUUCUUGUGACAGGCGAUGAGAAAGCGUAUUGUACGAGUACAUACGGCAAUCUCACGAACGUUUUUAUCUCGCCACAUUGGUUCGCACCUGAAGAAGAUCUAGCUCUAAUGUCUACAUGUUCAGAUACAAUUGUUACCGUGGGCACGUUUGGAUGGUGGGGUGGAUUUUUAUCAAGAGGAGAGGUGUUGCAUGACCGACGAUCGCCGACUGAUCAUCGACCGGCGGAUGUAGAUUGUAAAGGUGAGGAGUUUUUUCCCAAAUGGUUUUCAUUUUUAAAUAAAACCGUUUGAUCAAUACUGAAGAUUGUCUUUAAAACUAAAUUUUUUAAAAUUCUAACAUAUCAAAAUUUGAUGAUUUUUUUCUAGAGAAGCGGUAUUUGAGAUUUUUACAUAUUCGGAAUCAGCGCGAUGAGUUACGUUGUACGGCGCAAAGAUCUCGUCGGGGUACACGCA